GUAUCUGGCAACGCAAGGGCGCAAUCUGUAUCACCGGCACGGUUUGUACUUACGGCACUGAGCUUUUUAUUGUACGAUUUCAUUACGCGUCAAUCCUUUCUCAUAUUAGUGUGUUAUUAAGGCCUUUGUGUUUAAUGGCUUACAUAUCGGCGUGUUUUACUGUAGGCUUUAAUCUCUAAUGCUAUUUCUGUCGUUCCAAUGCCAAGACGGCUAUUAAAGGUACAUACGCCUAUCGAUUAUUAUUCUCCAGCCAGCAAGCACGAUCGAGUGAGGUGUGCAGUGUCAUUCUGAGUUGCAAAGGCCGGACGCGUAUUGGGCGACCGCAGUGAUCAAGGUGGCCGAGAGCGGACAGAUAAAAUGGGCUUUCGGAGUGAGGAGAUGUGCUUGGCGCAGCUGUUCCUGCAGUCCGGAUCUGCGUACGACUGCAUCAGCGAGCUGGGAGAAAUGGGACUGGUCGAGUUCAGAGAUCUCAAUCCCAGUGUCAGCGCCUUCCAGCGGCGUUUCGUCAGUGAGAUCAAGAGAUGUGAGGAGAUGGAGAGGAUUCUGGGAUAUUUGCUGAGAGAAAUUAAGAAGGCAAAUAUCGCAGUGCCAGAAGCUGAAGAUCUUCCUGCUGCUCCAGCACCAAAAAAUUUUUUGGAGAUCAUGGAGCAACUGCAAAGGUUGGAGGUGGAGCUCAGCGAGGUCGCCAAGAAUAAAGAAAAGCUUGAGAGAAACCUCUUAGAACUGACCGAGUACACGCACAUGCUGAGAAUCACACGAACCUUUAUGCACAGCCGAUCCAGGCAUGAAGCCCUUGGUCCCCAGUAUGAGGAGUUCCCCUCUCUGGACACUGAAUCAGUGACAGGCUGCACCAGUAUGCAGAGGCUGGGUGCCAAACUCGGGUUUAUCUCAGGGCUGAUUCAGCGAGUGAAGGUCGAAGCGUUCGAGCGCAUGCUUUGGCGAGUCUGUAAAGGUUACACCAUCCUCAGCUACGCAGAGGUGGAUGAAAGCCUGGCUGAUCUUGACACGGGUGAGAUAAAUAAGAGCGUAGUGUUCCUCAUCUCCUUUUGGGGGGAUCAAAUUGGACAGAAAGUGCAGAAAAUUUGUGACUGUUACCACUGUCAUCUCUACCCACAUCCUGAAACCGACGAAGAACGAGCUGAUAUAAUGGACAGCCUGCGUACACGUAUUCAAGACUUACAAAACGUUUUACACCGCACUGAGGACUACUUGAAGCAAGUGUUGCAUAAGGCAUCCGGGUCAGCACAUUCAUGGGUGUUACAAGUGAAGAAGAUGAAAGCCAUCUAUCACAUCCUCAACCUCUGCAGCUUUGAUGUCACCAACAAGUGUCUGAUCGCUGAGGUCUGGUGCCCGGUUAGUGACCUGACUAACCUCAGGAGGGCGCUAGAGGAAGGAUCAAGAAAAGGUGACGCCACUGUCCCAUCAUUUGUGAACCGCAUCCCUAGCAACGACACUCCACCAACACUUCUGAGGAGCAACAAGUUCACCUCCGGCUUUCAGAGUAUAGUGGAGGCCUAUGGAGUGGGGGACUACAGAGAGGCCAGCCCGGCCCCUUAUACCCUAAUCACCUUUCCAUUCCUGUUUGCGGUUAUGUUUGGAGAUCUUGGUCACGGUGUGGUCAUGACCCUCUGUUCUCUCUGGAUGGUGUUGACCGAGAAGGACCACACACGGAGACGACCAGGAAAUGAGAUCUGGAGGACCUUUUUUGAUGGCCGCUACAUCAUGCUUAUGAUGGGACUGUUCUCCAUAUACACUGGACUGAUUUACAAUGAUUGUUUCUCCAAAUCCCUUAACAUCUUUGGCUCGUCCUGGAGCGUCAAGGCCAUGUUUACAGAGCAGCAGUGGUCGAAUGAAACUCUACAAACGAACGCUUUACUAACCUUGGAUCCCAACAUUUCUGCCGUGUUUUCAGGCCCUUAUCCAUUGGGCAUUGAUCCAAUCUGGAACAUGGCCGUCAAUCGUCUGGCUUUCCUCAACUCUUACAAGAUGAAGAUGUCUGUGAUCAUUGGAGUCAUCCACAUGAGCUUUGGUGUGGUGCUCAGUGUCUUCAACUACAUACACUUCAGACAGAAGUUUAAGAUCUAUCUUCUCUUUCUCCCUGAGCUGCUCUUUCUGCUCUGUCUCUUUGGAUACUUGGUCUUCAUGAUCUUUUACAAAUGGCUGGCCUUCUCAGCGCGAGACUCCCGGCUGGCUCCGAGCAUUCUCAUCCACUUUAUCAACAUGUUCCUAAUGCAGGGGAACGACAGUACGCCCCUGUACCCUGGGCAGAUGGUGCUGCAGGUGUUUCUAAUGGUGGUGGCUCUGCUGUCGGUUCCAGUGAUGUUACUCGGAAAACCUCUUUACCUCUACUGGCUGCAUCAUGGUGGGAAGAGCCUGAGGGUCCACAGGGUCUGUCUGUUUUUUUGUGGCUACGAGAGAGUUCGGCGAGUGAGUGAAGAAGAUCUCUCUCCAUCUAUAGUUCACGAUGAAGAAGAUGGACUAACUGACUCAGGAGGACCUCAAGAGUUUGAUUUUUGGGAUGUUUUCCUGCAUCAAGCAAUUCACACCAUAGAGUUCUGUUUGGGCUGCAUCUCUAACACUGCGUCCUACCUGCGUCUCUGGGCUCUGAGCCUAGCCCACGCCCAACUGUCCGAAGUGUUGUGGGCGAUGGUGAUGCGUCUGGGGCUAAGAAUGACCUCUAAAUUGGGCGUGCUACUUCUUGUGCCUGUGUUUGGUGUAUUCGCUGUGCUCACGGUCUCCAUUCUGCUGGUCAUGGAGGGUCUUUCUGCUUUUCUUCACGCUUUGCGUCUUCACUGGGUUGAAUUUCAAAACAAAUUCUACAGUGGCACAGGAGUCAAGUUUGCACCCUUUGACUUUUCUCUGUUACCCUGUGUCUUUGAGCAGGAUGGGUUACUCUGACCUGUGAUGUCACCUGUGACUAUGAACAGAAUACCAUUGGCCAAUGACAUAAGGACCUGAAAAACCUGUUCAUGGUCGGAUCAGUAGACUGCCUUGACUCUCCCAUUUUGCACCCAACCAUAUCAGAAGUUUCUGGUGCGGAUUAUCAGCAGUGGGUUUCAUCAACAUGUUUGAGGGGUGUUUGUCAACAAAGUCUGGUUAUUAUAUUUAUCUUGGGAGAUAUGACUUGUAUUUGGUAUUUCACCUUCAUGAGCAUUUACUGUCAUAUCUAUUUUCAAAGUGCCAUAACGAUUUUUCAAUGUACAGUUUUGUAUGGGACUCUGAUAUGUACUUUUGCUUGCAUUGCUACUGCAGAUUCUCAUAGAAAAAUCUGUGCAGGUCAACUGGGGUAGGUGAAGCUACACUGUAUGAUAAACAAUGCCAAAUGACACAUUUUCAGUAUGAUAUUAAAGUAUACUUUACAAAAUUGUGUAAUGCAGUUUCAAAGGUAGCAUUAGUUUUUUUGUGUGUUUACAGGUCUCUCCUUUACAUAAUGAAUCAUUUCGGUUUUAAAUACAUUUGCUUAAAGUUUAAGACUGGCGAACACAGUUAAGGUAGGCUACACGAUAAAAUAAGGAAUACAGUUUUGUUUCCUUCUGUUUUUCAUUGAAAUUCCUGUAAAUUUACAUUUUGUGUUUCAAUCACUUAUAAACGAACGAACCAUUAAUAUA